UUAUUUAUAAAUAAAUUCUUAGGUUGUAUUAUAUUUUUAUUGUACGUACGUUACAGUUGAUAAUGUAUUAUAAUAAGCUGAAAGAGGCACGCUUUAUUCAGCCACUUUAGCAAACUCUUGCACGGUUCGUCAACGCUGCUUUUAUUACAAAGCGAGAAAUGAAUAGAGGAAAAACUCGAUAACGAGUGGUCCGCAUCAUAAACGGACAAAGCGACUAUGCAAAGUGAAAUGUCAAGAGUGCGAUACGUCUCUCCUCUCGCGACGAGGAUUUUCUCAACUAUCGUAGCUAUAAAAGAUGAUUGGCGACCGUCAUUUGCUGCCGCUAUCGGAAUGGGUCCGCCAAGAAUAUUCGGGAAUGGAACAAAACGCGUCUGUAUAUCUCUUACCGUUUAGACGCGAUCGCGAGAACAAUGGGGAAACGAAAAGACUCUCGCAAGUAAUUUACGUAAUGUGUCGCGAUAGCUUGCGUUUGACACCUGCCGAUACUUAAUACAAUGAAAGACUCACAAAAGCUCGCGCGUAGUAACUCCUUGGAACUUUACAUCGUUGCGAUACAAAGCGCAUUGUGCUCAACGCUCCCGAUCGUUGAUAGUGUUUUCAAUUUUUCUUGAACAAUCGUUCCCUUCUCGUGUGCUCUAUUCACAGUGGCCGUUAUUCGUACGCGUGAAUUAUUUAUGCGGCGCAUUACCGCGCUGAAGAAAAAUAUAUUCUUGUUAAAUAGAAUUUUAUACAUCUACCUGUAUAUUUAUAUAUAUAAAUUUAACGAAAAAUCGUUCGCGUAAUUCUGAACAAGAGGAACGUAAUUUAGAAAGACAGAGAUAAAGAGGAAAGAGCUUAAUGAAGAAAGAAUGUUACGAAAUGCGAUGAAAAGAUCGAGUAUGGCAGGAGGCGUUCCAUUACAUCGACGCGAGUUCGCUACAUAAAAGAAAAAGAUUUACGACGAAGUAACUGAGAAAUUGCAGAGGAGGCGAGAGAGAAAAGGCGCAGCUGCGACAAUAGAUGAAUAUCAAAGUAUGAUAGAAGUUGUCUUUCUAGUCUUAAUCUAUUAAAUAAUAAAUAAAUCAUUGAGAUAAAAGCAGAAUUUGGAGAAGAUCUUAUACAGAAAGAAUUAUACAAGAAUUCGACAGACUGUUCGAUUCAAAUCUCUUUGAGAUAGGUAUUGUUAAUUACAGAAAUAUAAGAUCCAUUUAAUGUCGGUCUAUUUUAAAAUUUAAGCAACAACAUAAUCUCACAAAGCUGUGAGAAAUGGAAGUAUCUAAAAAAAUAUUAAAUUUUCAAAAAAUCGAAAUACAGUUAUAAAUUAUUUAGAAAUUCAUAAAAGUUUCUUCUAAAACAUUUUUCUAUGUUUCUUUUCGUUUGAUAAUUGUUCUUAAACUCAAAUAUAAGUGCUAUCCCUUGAAGACAUUUCCUUAAAUUUUCAAUUAGGUUAAUAAAAGAAUAAAGAUUUUGUGUUUAACAAUAUUCUGGGGAAAAUUAAAUUAGUCCCGAACAGUUAUAAUAUGUUAUAAUGUAAUUCUUCAGAGGUAAAAGGAAAUCUGAGAUAAAUAUGUAUGAGGCACGAUUUUACUGCAUCACAUGUGUGCAUCUUUACGCUUUCGUGAAAGAAAAAGACCGAAAGAUUAGAGAACAAAGCUUUUAUAAGUAUAGUCGAAAUGGGCCACGAGCGAAAGUUUAGCACGGGAUAAAAAUGUAGGGCUCUCCGUACCAAUCUUGCGGAAUGAGAGGGUAAAGUCGAAGAAAGGGGGGGAAGUGGAGAGCCGGUAGGAGUGAGGAAGAAAAGACUAUCGCGUGCGGGUGCCGAGGUGUGGGCGAGGGUGCGGGUGCAUGGACCUGCGCGCGAGCGACCGCCUGGAAUUCGCAGCACUGGCUGCGUGAGGGCGCGUGGUGGACGGUGGUGUCGAGGGUGUCAGUCAUAGACCAUCUGCUCAGCGACGAGCACAUCAUCGAUGAUCAUAAUUAGGAUAGUCGUCGCCUGAUCGAGAGACGUGCAAUACGUAAGGGCGCGCGGUCGUAAUCGCGCGAGGAGGCAACGCGGGAGAAGGCAGCCGGAACCGUGCGAGAUCCGCGCCGUCCUCGCGUCCUCGCGAGCGGAAAACGGAGACCGAGACCGCGAAACGGAAACGGCAGUGUCGAUCCGGGGGCGCGUAACCACCACGCCACGGCGGGGCAAAUGUUCCCGACGGGCUUCCGCGAGAUCCCGCCGCCGAGCAGCGUACCCGUUACCGAGAAAAGUCGCCGCCGUCGCCGGCGGGAGGAACACGACGCCGGUGCGCUUCCGGCGCUGCCGAUCGGACCGUCGUCGUCGCGAUGAAGUGAGGAGCGUCAUCGUUGGCUCCUACGACGACGAUGCAGCUCACGGCUGGCCACUGCUGCCGAUAUUAUCCCCCGCGUCCAAGCGCUUAAAACGUAAUCGAUAGUGUUUGGCGCGUUUAUCGGUCUCGAGUCUAAACCGAUUUGUGAACGUGUGACACCGGAAACACCGAGGGAGUAUCUGCCGAGAAUAGAGACGCGUUAAAGGGAAUAGAUCGGGGCCGGGAGAUCAAGGCGUCUUGCGACGAGGCGACGCGGGAAUGGGAACGACCACGGCGACGAUGAUGACGAUACGACGAUAGGCGGGUAGCUAAACGAUAACGAUAAGGGCCGCGAUACGGAACGAAUAGCGCGAUUACGACGCGACGGCGUUGUGUUAGCGUUGGGGAUAGCCUUCGCAUAAAUUACCGUACGUAUAUACACCGGUAAAGCGUAUGCAUACAGGACCGCACAAAAGCACACACACGCACGGGUAAACGUGCAAAUACAUUUCAAUAUUGUGAUAAGCCUACGUAAUUUAUAAGCGCACGCGAGCGUGUCGAUUGAUACAGGCAAUAAGAGCAAUAAGAAGAUAUUAUCGUGUUACACACGCGCUUUCGAAUCGCUGUGAUUUCUCCGUCAACUGUGUUCGAAAGAGCUGCUCGUUGUUGACCGCUAGACCGCCGAGAGUUUUCGGCAAGAGUUUACGUUCUAUUUAACCGGGAAAAGAAGUGCGCCGGGACGACAAGAUGGCAUUCGCCGCGGCGAGGAUGAUCCUGAAGGACAAGCGCAGGAAACCUAGCAAAGAGGACUUCGCACCGCGAAAUAGAAGCAAGGCUCGCAGCGCCAGCACAAGUAGCUUUAGAAGCCUGAGCCAGGCACGCAACAAACCGGCGGAUGGCGUAGGUCAUGUAAAUCAAAAAGGUGCUUCCGGUCAGAAAGCGCCGGCGGCUGGUCAGAAGGUUCCGCCAGGUGCUAAGGGCGCGGCGAAACCGGCCCAGAAGCCAUCAGCUCAGAAAGGCCAAGUGAAAGUGACACCUAAGGCUGCCUCUGUGAAGACCGGCAAAAACAAGAAGAAGGGCCAACGGCAACAAUACGAUCUCAUCGUUACCAUUAAUCUGUCCGAAUAUGGACUCACAGAAGAUCAGGUAGCAGAAUUCAAAGAGGCAUUCAUGCUCUUCGACAAGGAUGAAGAUGGGACGAUUACGAUGGCGGAAUUAGGGGUCGUGAUGAGGUCUCUCGGUCAAAGACCGUCAGAGACGGAACUGCGCGAUAUGGUGAAUGAGGUAGAUCAAGAUGGAAAUGGUACUAUUGAGUUUAACGAAUUCCUGCAGAUGAUGUCGAAGAAAAUGAAAAGCGCCGACGGGGAGGACGAACUUCGCGAGGCGUUCCGAGUGUUCGAUAAGAACAAUGAUGGCUUAAUAUCGUCGAAGGAGUUGCGACACGUGAUGACGAAUCUCGGUGAGAAGCUGUCCGAAGAGGAGGUCGACGAUAUGAUCAAGGAGGCGGAUCUAGAUGGUGACGGAAUGGUCAACUAUGAAGAAUUCGUGUCGAUCCUAAUGUCGAAAAAUUAGUUCGGGGGUCAAAAGAAGAUAUAGAUUCGAAGAUACCAAAGAGGAUCCUCGACGAAGAAAAAGAAACGGAUCCGCCAACCAAGUUCCUCGAUUUCGUAGGAUCGUAACAAGAAGUCGUUUCGUGCCCCAUAAAACUAUCGCAGCGGAGACCGUCGAGAGAAGAAUCAAAAACUCAUUGACGAUCGAUUGACAGCGGCAUGUACGACGCUAUGAGAUUGCGGAAGCAAAUCGCGCGAUCGAAAUCGCACGAACAUACCAAUUUUACGUUACUGCUAAGGUUUCGCGAGCGAUGUGUUGGAAGUUUCGCGCGUAAGUAGCGCAGCCAGAAAAUUGAUAAGGCGUCAGAAGUUUUCGGGUUCGAGCGGAAGUCGCGCGAGUCCUACGAAUAGCAAGGUUUCGGCUUCACGUUCGAAAAAUUCGAGAGGAGAGACUUUCUUCCGCGAAAAAUUUUGCACAUACGUACACGCAUUAUAUACACAAAUACACCUCGCGCUCUUUCGGACUAAUCUUAGACGAGUAUAUAUGAAAUUUUUAGAUAUAAUGUAAACGGUAAAAAAGAGAAUAUGUCCAAACGACGAAGGAGGGAGGCGUGAACCGCCGCCACCCGGAACAAUCAACCGAGCUUUGUUUAGACUUUUACGUACCCGUGAUCUUUAUCUCCCCCUCCCCCUUCCCCGAUAACUUUGCGGUGCGGAGAAUUUAGGAGUUAUUACUUAGCUUUCCACAACUCUUUGGGCGCCUUCCCCUCCCCCGCGAAAAAGUCCAGAAAUAUAUACUAGUAUACACGUAUGUUACAUAAUAUAUAUAUAUAUAUAUAUAUAUAUAUAUAUACAUAUAUACAAAUAUACAUAUGUUAUUAUAUUAUUAUACGAUAUAUUAUAUGAUUCCUUUUGCGUCGCUCGUUUCUUUGAGACGCGAUGCACAUGAAGGAUAUCGUACUUCGAGUGUUUUUACCGCUUGUAUUACACGCAGAGACGCGCGCAAAUCCAAUAGUAGUGACACAGAGACACAUACACACACACACACACACACACACACACACACACACACACACACACACACACACACACACACACACACACACACACACACACACAUAUAUACAUACGUGCACACGUCUCCCGUCCUUUGCCGUCGCUCUUUCAUCGCCAUCACUUCCUCGAUUGUUAGUAGACUUUAGAGCGGGCACGCCGACGACACGCCGAAGGGUGAUUGAACACUAGGCGCUUUUGCACGUAGCGUGAACCGACCGCGAUGAUCGCGGCGCCGCGUUUCUGUAAACGAUCAUCGUCGAAUGGACGAGUGUGCCCUGAUUGAAUAAGUGCUUUGAAAGUCUAAAAUGGUUCGAAUUAUCGCGACAUUCCUAUGGGAACAAUUCAAGCAGAGCACGAUUGUUAUUCAAGCGUACGAGACUUGGAAAGAUGUUCAUAACGUUCAUUAUCGAAUAAUCUAGUCAUGAUGUCAGAUCAGGUGUAACAUUGCGCGUAAUGGCGGCGACAUUAAUCUUCAAAAAUUUGGAUAAAUUUCUGAUCUGGUCCAAGAAUGGCCACUACUUCAAACGAUUGCGCAUCCACGAGAAUGUUAAAUCUGAUAUUCCUACAUAUAUCAUGAAUCUAACGACUAAAACAGGAUUGUUUGCGGAUGAAGUUCUGGACGGAACUGAUUCUGCGACCAUUGACAAUCCCUCGUUACAUUCCCAAUGACUGUAGGCGCCAAUGUAACAAUCAACAAGUAUCUAUGGUCAUUAGGUAUGUGGCAAUGGUUUUUAGCGAGGAGAAAAAAGAGAGAAGCCCUUAAAAUGCGGGAACACAAUCAGGGUGAUUAACACAAAACACGAGUACCUCUUCGUUCGUGAACACGGGAGGGUUUGUUACCGUUACGAUCCUUCAGAGGAUGAAAAUGUAUUGCACGACGACGUGUUUCCGCUAUCACACAAUCAGUAUCGCUCGCCGCAUCGUCGGCGCCCGAAUUCAGGAGCGUGUAAGCUACGUGCGCACUAUGUUACGGUAUGCAUGUACCUUUAGAUGUGUUAUAUAAGAGAAAAGAAAGCUCUGCGCCUUAGCACGCGCAAUAUAGAUCUAAAUAGGUAAUAUCUAGCGACCCAUAUAGUGACAGAUAAAGAAAAAAGGAGGUCGCGAGUAUAAAUGUGGUGGAGCUGUGGAUUAUUGUACACUAUACGUAAUGUGAUGUUGCUACCACGAGAUAAGAAGAGAAAACAUAUAUGAAAUACGUUAUAGAUAGUUAUAUACAUACAUACGUACAUACAUAUAUUUAAUACACUAUAUGUACAUAUAUCCUUUCCGCCGCCAGCGCUCCAUAUACAUAACAUUCGCACGCACGCAUGCACGCACGCAUGCACGCGCGCGUAGUCCAACCCGACACAAAGCGGAAGCUAAGUACGCGCAAUUGUGGUGUAAAGCGCAAGUUGCGAGAGGGACGAGAGAUCGAAAUGAUAAUAACAUAUGAGCGCAUCUGUUGCGUAUCAUCAAUCGGGGUAAUUUUGUUUUAAUUUGCGUGUGUGAUGUGCUAUUUAUUUUUUUAUUGAAUUUGAUUUUAUUCAUUUAUGUACGCCAUACAAUUGCACAGAUGUAAUAUGAAAGUUCUGAAUCAGAGUCAACUUCUGUGGCAUCUGUGCAAUUAAAAUAAUAGUUAAUUAUGAACUGACCUCAUAUGACAGCAAUGGAGGAUUGAAUAUACUAAUCAUAAUUUGUGAAUCUCGGUAGAAGAUUAUAUUUUCGAUAAAAAAAUAUGUAUACAUGCACGCGAAUGUGUGUAUGUGUGCAUGUAUUUUUCAGAUUUCAUACACACAAGUGACUUUUCUUAAUCAAACUAAAAUUGAUUAAACAUUUCAUUAAAAAAGAUUACGUACUUGAUAAACGUUUAGCAUUUAAUUAAAAAUUGUAUUGUAAAUAUUUAUUUAUAAAAAGAUUAUCCGAUAAUCGGGUAUAGAAAUCUUUUUUUUUUUCUUUGACUUUCUGAACUUUUAACAAUCGUUCACAAAUUAAUGAUUAAUUUUUAUGAUUAUUUAAAAAAGCAUUUAAACUAAUAAAAUAAAAUAAGCCUCUUUAUAUAUUUUUUUAAAUAUAAUUUCUUACAAUUUCUUUUAUUGGUUUUUAUGAGAAUAAAAAUACGACAAACCCAUAGUAAAUGAAAAAAAUUAUGACAAAACGUUUUAAAGAAGAUAUUAGAAUAAUCACAAUAAAUUUUUAUCAAAGUAUUAUCGAGUAUUAACAUAACAUUAAAUAAAUAAAACGCCCAAAUAAAGAAAAAAUAUUAUUAUAAAACGUAAUUAAGAAAAAUUCAGAGGCAACUAAAUAAAUUAGAAUAUUCCUUUUUUAAAUGUAAAUCUGCAUUUUAUAAUUUUGCUUUUUAUUUACACGGAAAAAAUAAAUUGGACGAUUCAGCGAAGCUAUAGUUUGCACGUAUUCAUCAUCUAUAAUUAAAGAGAUUUGAAAUUCAGCAAAGAAAUUAUGUUUGAUAGUAAUUAUCAGUAUGCUUAUUGAAUAAAUUUUUUGCUACAAUAAAAAUUGCUACAUAGGUUUCCUUUAUUACAGCGAUAAAAGUAUGCGCCAUCUUGUUUUAUUAAAAAUUUUAAUUCAUAUAUUCAACUGCUUUUUGUAAAAAAGCUUGCUGUUUAUUAAUAAAUUUGUGUCGUUAUAACAAAUAUGAUUAAUUACAAUCGCUAAUUUUAUUCAACUGUAAAACUUUGCUACUUCAAUAUAGAAAAUUGUCCGUAUUUACUAAGACUAUAGAUUCGCCGAAUCGGCGAAAUUCUUAGUUGUUUUAAGAAAUCUUUUUUUCAUGUUUAGUUUCUUCACAAAUUAUUUGAAAAUUUAAAUAUCACGAAAUUAUUUUAUAAUCUUAUACCGAUUGACUGUACGUGCAUAUGCCAAAAGAUAAAAUGGGAAAAUGAGAGAAUGGAUAGUUUAUUUUAGAAGAGAGAUUUCGGGUGAAACGCGCGUGUUUCGAGAUCCGUGCUGUUCGAACACUUUUCUUUCCAGAUACGAGCGAAACGUGAAAAGCGCGGCGACUGCGACCUGCAGCGCUCGUCGGAAAUGAUAAUUGCGGGUAGAGUUAGACAAUAAAUUCUGUUGCUUUCUAAUCUGAUCGAUCAACGAUUAUAUUAUAUUUGACGGCGAGCCUACCAAGGCGCGAAUGCGCGUUCAAUUUGAAAGGACAGUACAAUACCGAUGGGAGUUCAGAUUGUCGAGAAUACAAGGGACUUCGACAGAUUCGAUUGCCUGUACAUAUGAUACGUGACAUGCGAUUAAUGUGUGUUAUUUCCGCAGGCGAAAGCUGUGAUCUUUGAUACAUAGAGCCGGAGAUUUUCGAACCGGGAGAAACGUCGAUAGGAUUUUACUGCGAAAGUAAUCUAAAUCAAAUUUUGAAGCACGAUUCCAAUAAGAAAUGUACGCUUGACGAAUAAUGAUUUAAUUCGAUAUAAUGUACCUGUCUUCAGAUCUUCAGAAUUUGAUUUACAUUAUUUUCUGGGCAAACAGUUUACGUCGCGUCUCCGAUAGAAUACUGUUGUAACGUGAUGAAAAUAUACAUUUUUGGCUUAAAUACAUCAAAUUAAGUUGUAAAAGAAUUUCGAUAAGUUGCAGGCAAAAAAAUUCAGUUUUUUAUAAUUCACUUUCAUUUAAUAAUUAUAAUCAUGAUUUAUUUCUCAAUAAAUAUGUCUUUUAAUCAAUUGAACAAAUUUUGAACAAAAAUAACGCUAUUUCUAAAAGCUCGGGCUAUUAAACGUAUAACAGUCUCCUCUCAAUAGUGCGUCGAUAAUUUACGAAGGCGUACCAUGUGAGAAAGAAAUAGAGAGAAAAGAAAGGGAAGUGUUUAUGUGUAACAUUCACAGGCAGAGACCCUUCAACAUGCGAAAUAUACAAGCGAAGAGAUAUAAUCGUGUUUUUGACAAUAAUAUAUUUUCUUAACGCUUAUAUAUCUCGAAGCGAGAUAUCCCACCUGGCAGUGUCUUUCUUUCCAUAGUACCCGUUUCACGAUAGAUGCUACAAUAAUUAUGCUUUACGAUCUCGAGACAGUUGAUCAUGUUACCCGCCCACGCUCGUAACAAACGGUCGUUCUUCUCGUGUUCGAUAAUGAAGUGCCGAAAGCACCACGACUCGAAACACCGCGUCCUGAAAAAUCAAACACCUGAGCGAAUCAGCAUGGUACGCACAUUAUGCGGCGACAUACCGAUAUAGAUAAGAGAGAAAGUAAAGCGUCAGCUUGAUAAUAGGUCACAAAUAGCAAUGUAUAACGUCCGAACGACAAUAUCUCUAAUGGUUUAAUUGAAAAACUUCGGUAAAAGUUACCGGAAAAAAAAACAGAUAUAUACGCAGGUCCGUUCCAAACAUUAAGUAUCCUGAAAUUAUAUAUCUAUAUAAUGCCGAGACAAUGAGACAAGCCACUUCACGUCGACGGCGUCACGUACGUUAGAUUUCCUAUUAUGGAAAAAAAGAAACAGAUUGGAUGAUUCAGCAAAAGUAUAGCUUAUUGCGCGAGUUCAACAUUUAUAACUAAGGAAAUAUUUGAUAGUUUAAUAAAGAAAACAUGUUUGAAAGCAAUGAAUGAAUUGUUAGAGCUGCAACUAAUUAUCUGUUGUGAUGAAAAUUGCUAAUGUAACAAGCUUUCUUCAUUACAGCAGCAAAAGUAUACAUCGUUUCAGCUAAUAUUUUGUAUUAAAAAUUUUAGUCCAUAUAUUCGAUUGAUUUUCGCAAAAAAUUGUUUUAUUUAACUAUAAAACUUUUCUAUUUUAACAUAGAAAAUUGACUGUUUGUAUACUACAGCUAUAGAUCUGCUGAAUCUGUGAAGUUCAUGGUUGUUUUACUAAAUCAAUUUUCCGUAUACUGUCCAUUCACAUCUCUGCCCUUUAAUGAAAAUUACUACUAACUCUCGUAAAUAAAUGACAGUCCCACGAGUGUGUUACGAUUGGAAGAGACGAUUAAGUUAAUGCUGAAUAAGUAUAUACUUAAUUAUGUAUGGCUAAUAAUGGCAAUUAUUAAUUGCCUUGUUUAAUCUUAAAUUGGAGUUAUUUUGAUCCUUGAGGAUAACUUCACGAUUCCAGUAAAAAUAACUUUCUUUUCCAGUAAAAUUAUAUGUGACUAAAGUUUUUUUUUAUAAAAUUUAUUUUUAAAAAUCAAAUCUUAUUUCAAAAUUUUUAUCACAGAAUUGGGCUAAUUACGAAUAAAUGUGAUAUUCGAUUUAAACGGAAAUUAAAAUUCUAUUUUCAUUUCUUAUCUCUUUUCUUUUUGAAUGAUUAAAGUUAUCCUUGAGCGUUAGAAAAAUUCCGAAUGGCAGGGUCACUGCACCAGUCGCUGAACAAUUAUUGAUAUAAAUAACAGUUUAAGAAAAAUAUCAAGCUAAUAAUAUCUCCAAAUAAAUUGCAAAUUAGUUAACAUUUUUUUCUGCUAGCUCUAAUUUUUAUACAAAUUUCAUUAAAAAAUUUUUAUUUUUUUAUUUUAAAAUAUAAUUACAGAUAUUGAGUUGUUUUUAUUUAUUCAUUGAUUGGUGUAAUAAUCCUAAUUCUUUUCACAAUUUCUAAGAUAAUUUUAAACAUUUGGAAAUGUACAUUUAUUUAAACUGAAUUUUGCGAGAAUUUGUAACGCGCGAUGUGACUUCGCCUAACUUUUUUUUGUAAUAUCGGUGGCGGUGCGACGUGCGUAAGUGUAAGUACAAAAGGAUUGUUGACGUAAGCACACAGUGAAUUUCUAUACUAUAUGUAUAAAAAGAAUGGAUCAUCUCUGACGACACGAUAGAAGAAAAUGAUAUUGCGAAAAUAAAAAUACGAGAAUCGUGUCUGUACGCUCAAAAAUGCAGCGUAAGGCUUUUUAGAUUUUAAUUAUAUUAAAUGCACUUUAUAUUCAUUGAAAUGAUAAUUAUCCUAACUAUUUGAGGGGAAAAAAAGUCAAUGAGAUAUUUGGUACAUUUAUGCGAAUUUAGACAAACAAUUGUUAUAUUAUGAUAUCCGUCAUUUUAAUCAUAUAUUUUAACGUAUAAAAACUAAUAACUGAUGUCGAUAUUGUACCGUUAGUAACAAUUGAUAGUUAUUAUUAUGUGGUACAUAAAUUGUUCCUAUCAUCCCUCAAAAAGUCAGGAGUGCAACAUUCUUCACUUAAAAAGUGAAAAAUUCUCUCUUUCUCCCCUGUCCAAUUCUACCAUACUCUCCGUGAUUACAUUUCUGCUCGCGAGAAUCGACUUCUUGGAGAUACUUCGAAAUAUUUAUUAUUAUAUUAUUAUUUGCUCCUCAAAGCAGAGAUAUUUUUAUAGAUUACACUUUACGCCAAAUCCUGCUGUGCAGCGUAACAAGAAUCAUAUGACAUUGCGUUGCAAUGCAAUGCAUUACACUAUAUUGUAUUACAUUUUGUACAGGGUGUAUCGAAAGUCACGCGCUUUCUUUCUGCCGCAAUUAUCGCAGAUCAAAAAGAGUUACAAAUUAAAAAACAAAUUAAAAUAAUUAACGCAAAGAAGAUAAAUGAAAAAUUGUAAAAAUUUCUUCUUUAUUAAUUUUUAAAUAUAUAUUUUUCCUUCAGAUUUACUUAUUUAUCUCAAGUACUUGAUAAUUAAUUAAAUAAUUGUGGAAUUUAAUGGAAUUUCCAAUAAUGAAUAAUAUUUUUCACACGAUCUCGUGCAAAAAGAAUGCAAAAUGCUUGAGGUACCCUACACACAUUUUACAUUGUAUUAUAUUACUAUAUACAAUAUACACAUAUACGAGUCAUGUAUUCUCUAUUGAAUUGUUAGAUAUGCAGGAGUUAACAAAGAAUGUUCUUGGUCCCUCGCAGACCUGCCGUUAAUUAUCGCCUACGUACAGGAUGUCUUGGAAAUACACGCUUAUGUUGAAAAUGGAAUUUUAAUUAGUAUACGUAUCUUUUCAUUAUAUUUCUUAGGACAUCCUGUAUGUAUCAAGGUUGCCCUCCAGAUGUAAAGGAACGUGAGUCUUCCUUCUGAUCUUAUAUUUAAUCGAGAUUCUUCUUUAUUACAUUCUGCUAGCUUGUAUCGUCGAACGCUGCCCGCGAGUCAGCUAUUUGAGUAAAUCGAUAAGUUAACUAUUGCAUUUUUAAAAGGAGACUGUAGGAGAAAAUCAAUUAUUUCCUUAUAAUGUCUCUCAUAAGUGUUUUACGCGAUGUUUGAACUUGAAAUCUCACGUCUCAUCUUGGCGAUCGUAGUAGCGUCGACUAGCAGAGCGCACCAUUUUGUUAACUCUCACGUUAUUUUCGUUAUUGUUAAGAAUUAUAAAGAUUAUUAUAAAGGACAAAUUUUUGCAAAGUAUAUAUAUUAUCGACUUUAUUUGUUUGGAAUAAAGGUACAAUUUACUAUGAGAAAGAAAACUAUUUAACUAAUUAUUUAAAGAUGUGGGAACAUUAUUAAAAGUUAUUCUUAUUAAAGAUUAUUUAGAUUUAUAUAUUAUUAUUAAAGUAAAGAGAAUUGAUAUAGAAAUAGAAGAAAAUAAACGCUGGUGUAAAUAGUUUAAAAACUAUUUACACUAAAUUGCAUUUCCUUUAAGCAUAACUCUAUUUGAAACUGAUACAUAUAUAUUUCCUCGGAAAUUUAUGAUACAAUCGUGCACUGUGCAAAUAUUUUCAUCUUUUUAUAAAGAUGUGUUCUCAAGAUGGAGCACAGUACUGUUAUUUCCCGAUAUCGUCGUUAAUCAAGAUCAUGUGUUUGAUUCAUUCACUUUAACGAUGCUUCGCGACUUUUUGGAAUUCAUCUUGGAUUCGAAUCGAUAUUUCAAACGCAGUCGAAGCACUCUGUAAAACGAGCGACUUCGAGGCACCUAAAUCACUUCGAUGAUGUUCGAAGUUCGCCUAAGCAACCCAAAUAAGCAAAAGGGGAUGUAAUAAAUAUCAGCUAGCUUAAUAUCAAACACACGUUGAUAUACCACAAACACGUAAUAAUCAAACUACAUAUAUGUUAAAUAGAUACGCGUGAAAGAACCUGAUUACCUUAGACGAUAAUUAAACGAUUAAUUGUUAAGUAAGUGUAACUAGUUUGUAACAAUUGCGAGGGCUGUCGCUACUAAGCGACCCGAUCUUCCGUUCAUUAAGGAUCUACGAUUAUUAUACCGAUUCGAUUACAUCGCUUUCUUACGAAACGAUUUAUAGGUGUGAUUGUAGGCAACAUGGGGAAUCGUGUACUUGGCAUGCAACAUUUUUAAACGUUGUAUCUUUUGGGCGUCGUUUGAGAAGUUGCGUCAUCCUAGUUUUUCCGCUAAUUAUGCCAAUCGUGUUUUCGGGAAACUUAGUCCAUAAUAUGGAUCGAGUUUGUUACUUUAAUUUCAGUCUGUAGCGACGAAGAGACAAACUCCACGUAUUCCUUAUGUGAAUUGUCUCUUUGUCAACCUUCUUUCUUUUAAAUCGCGUGGCAAAACUUUUUUGCGCCUAAAUGCUAUGCGAGAUAAAAAUCAGAUAAAAUCGCGAGAGCUGGCAAUAAUCGUGUACCACACAACACCGCGGCCGAGACACGACGAUGUUCAAACUAGUUAUAGUUAAUAAGGAAAGGUCUUUCAUUAACUUUGUUAAACGUUAUGGAGAGUACAAGCUAUGUUAACUGGACAAGUACGUGCGUGUAUUUCUAUAUUUCAGUCUAGCUACCAGUGAGAAAACGUCUGACACAGAGAUCCUGCACAAUCGAGAAUCUUCAAUGAAAGAGAAUCCCAACUGCUAAAUGUCCUCACAGAAAUUAAGGAAAGAAAACAUAUAGAAUAAUUAAUUAAUUUAUAAUUUAAUUAUAUUAUAUUAUGAUGUUAUAUAGUAUUAUAUUAAUAUUAUUUUAAUGUAAUUAAUUACAUAAUUAUUAAUUAAAUUAUCUUGAAUGAUACUUUCUACAUCUUGUAGAGUGAAAAUUUGCUUGUGCAAUUAUUCGAGUCAUUAUUUGUCACAGUAAAAGUAGAAGCAAAACAUUACUUCUAUAGAAAUUCUAUUCAGUCCCAUGAGUGGAUUUUGACUUUUACAGUUUUACUUUACGAGAUUUGGAGACCACGUUUGAAAAGAAACUAAAGUAAAAUUGUUUAUCGCGACUAUUUCAGUUUCCGUCUUUUAAUUAAUUAGAUCGUUCAUUAUGCUUGGAGAUAAAAAAAUGGUCAUUUUACAGUUAUGAUUUUUUUUCAUUGAAAAUAAUCACGUUCUAAAGGACACGAUAAAAAGAGACGCACGAAGCGAGCUGAAAACAAGAUGUCGAAGCGAGUUGUGAUCGAAGAUUAUAGUCGGGGCGUAUUAAGAAAAUAGGGUAAAAAAAAAGAAACAAUAAAUGGAUUUACAUGGAGAGCUAUAUCGUGCUGUGAACGAAAUAUUUAUAUUUUUACUUGAAAAAAAAAAAAGAAGGCUAUGAGAGAUGAAACAUGAGAGAUGUAACGAUGAAUAUCCGCGACAAGGAAUGUCCAUAACGUUAUUUUUCUAGAACAAAUAUCUCUAAAUAGUUUAUUAUUGCGUUAUGGCGAAACGUGUUCUCAAGCGACAAGCAGGCCUAAACGCGUGACUUUUUACGACGUUAGACUUAAUGCGUGUACAAGGAUAUUUGGCAAAGGAAGAAUACGUUUGUCGUUUAUUUGUUUUAUAUGUACUAUUUGAUGCUGCUGUUGUUGUACGUUAUUGAAGUUUUACUCCGCAAAAGUUAUACGACAUGUUUUCUAUGAAUAAUAUCGAAUUUCCCAAACGGUUUGUAUCCGUGUUGUUGUUGUUGUUGUUGUUGCGAGUUUUUAUUGUAAUUAUUCAAAGCAUUCGUGUGUUUAAAUACUUGAGCAGUUACGUUUAAUGUAAGAGUAGCUUUUAGGCAUAAUUUGUUAUUUCGUUUUCCACUAUAAUUGAUUUUUAUUGUUUGUUAUUUUAUUUUUCACUGUAAUUGAUUCUAUUUUCUUCGGAAUUGUUUCAAUUAUAUGCUUCGCUUUCUAAUGUUACAUGUUUGAAAAGAAGUCAAUUUAUUACUUAUCAAUGAUAAAUAAAAGAUUAUUCGUAUAAAAUGAUAGACAUAAUUGUAUAUGCAAUUGAGUGCAUUUAACAUAUGUAUACAUAUAUCGAGAUUAGAUGAGAUUGAUGUUAAAAACAUUCUAUAAUUGUUUUCACGCUUAAUUGGCUUUUUCGAUAAUUAAGUAAAUUAAUAAAGUUCGUAAAAAUAUUCUGACAGUAAAUUGAUAAUGAGUAAAAAGUCAUUCUGACAACAAGUGCACUCGAUAAUUAUGGAAAUAGUUUUGGCUCCACACAAUAAUCAGAAUUUAAUAAAAAUUUAAUACCAUAUUAAAAUUCAAUAUUAUAAUACAAGCUAAAAUAGUUAAGCUAUAAAAAUGCCAAGAUGCGGCUAUCAUAAAAAAAAUAUACGAAUAAUCAGAGUAUGUAAUAAUCAUAGGAAAUGAAACAGAGAAAAACAUAAUAGCGAUAUUUUAAUAUAAUUAAAAUGGAAUUUUUUUUUUUUAAACAAAAUUUCGUGAAAUAGAAUAGUACAAAUAAAUCCGGUUUUAUCAUUUUUAUCUAAAAUACUAUUCAAUUAUUUUUUUUAAAUUUGUUAAACUCCGACUUUUCAAGUGAAUACUCUACUUACUCGCAUUUUGUCCUAGAGUGGAGAAAAGUCAGAAAGGACGAGGAUUCAGAAAAGAAUAUUGUAUGUCUGUUUGUGUAUGUACGUUGUGUGUGUGUGUGUGUGUGUGUGUGUGUGUGUGUGUGUGUGUGUGUGUGUGUGUGUGUGUGUGUGUGUGUGUGUGUGUGUGUGUGUUAUGUGAUGUUAAAUGUACGCGACCAUGUUAUUGUAACGUUAUGUACUAUAAUAUUACAACACGAUAUAAAAAAAAUGAUGAACACUGUGUACUGGUGAAAUACAAUACAUGUAUCGAUUGUAUCGAGUUGCCCCUAAAUACAGCCAUUUUAUAAUGGA